UCACGCACGCACGCGCACGGUCUCUAAGCUACCCGAAAGCCUCCUCGUCAGUCGUACGUGGAACGUUGAGGCUCUCUCGGCACUUCGUGUGUGUCCACGCGUGUUUUGCUCAUCGUACCAGCUCCGUGGUGAACAUGAGCAGCGGCGGGCUGGUGGACGUCAACGGCGCUACCCGGUGAACAAAGCGGCCACAGCGCGCUUGCGGUUGGAGCGACCCGCGGGAGAAUGCUGGAAAUGGUCGCCAGGCACCGCCGGUGAACGCCGCCGCGUUGAUGCGGCACCGAGAAGGCGAUACGCCGAGCGAGUAGACAGUGUCCGCGGGAGUAAUCAUCUUUUAGCAAGGGGACGUCUUCAAGAUGGCGGCCGUGGUCAACUACUCGCCGCCCUGGUGGGUGAACCUGCUCCACCGCUUGCCUCAUUUUAACUUGGACUUCCAGAUGGUCAGCAGCGACUUCCGGCCCGAAGACCCUGAGUAUCAAAAGUCGGUGUUGCUGCUGGGCUCGGUGGCUCUGUUGUGUUUGGGUUUGGACCUGGUGUUCCUCCUCUUCUACUCUUUCUGGCUGUGCUGCCGUCGCCGCAAGAGCAACGAGUCGUCUUCUUCGUCUCACUCGCACCACGCGCACGCCCAGCAGCAGCCCAGCGCAGACUGCUGCUGCACCGCCUGGUGUGUCAUCAUCGCCACCCUGGUGUGCAGCGCUGGCAUCGCUGUGGGAUUCUACGGGAACGGCGAGUCGAGCGACGGCGCCAGUCGCCUGGCGUAUUCCCUGCGCCACGCCAACCGCACCGUGUCGGGCAUCGAGAAACUGGUGUCGGACAGCGCCGUGGCGCUGAACCAGACGGUGGAGGAGAACCUGGUCCAGCUGGAGACGACCUACCAGGAGCAGACGGACUUUGUGUCUAUCGUCCAGAAGCUGCAGGGACAGCUGGACGAGCUGGUCAGGCUCAUGGUGGAUGUCCCCUUCUGGUCCAACACCGCCGUGUCUCUGGAGGACCUGGCGCGCCAAACGGAGGCCUUUGACUUCUACAGGUGGUUGGGCUACCUUGGACUGCUGUUGUUUGACGUCCUCAUUUGCCUCCUGGUUCUCUUUGGACUCAUACGAAACUCCAGAGGAACUCUGAUUGGCGUGUGUCUGCUGGGCGUGCUGACGCUCGUCAUCAGUUGGGUGUCUCUGGGCCUGGAACUGGCAGUCGCUGCGUCUGCCAGCGACUUCUGCGAUUCUCCCGACACGUACGUUGCCCGCGCCACCAAGGAGAACGCGGUCAUCAAUCAAGAUAUCCUGCAGUAUUACCUGAAGUGCAGCCCGGGACAAGUCAACCCCUUCCAGCAGAGGCUGUCGGGGAGUCACAAAGCGUUGGUGGAGAUGCAGGACGACGUGUCGGAGCUUUUGCGAUCGGCCACGCGGGAAUACGCCAACACUAAGGCGACUCUGGAGCAGAUCCAGUCCGUGCUGAACUCCACGGAGGUGGGCCUGCACCAGCUGACGGCCCUGGUGGACUGUCGCAGCUUGCACAUGGACUACGUGCAAGCUCUGACGGGCCUGUGCUACGACGGCGUGGAGGGGGUUAUCUACCUGGUGCUCUUCUCCUUCGUCACGGCGCUCAUGUUCUCCUCCAUCGUCUGCAGCGUGCCGCACACCUGGCCUGGCAAGAGGACGGAUGAGGAGGACGGAGAAGACGAGUCGGGCGCCUCGCGGGGCGGCGGCGUUCAUGAUAACCUCUACCGCGUUCACAUGCCCAGUCUCUACAGCUGCGGCUCCAGCUACGGUAGCGAAGCUAGCCUGCCCGCCACCGCCCACACUGUCAGCAAUGCGCCCGUCACUGAGUACAUGAACCAGAACGCAAACUUUCAGACCCCCCGGUGUGAGAACACCCCCUUGAUUGGCAGGGAGUCCCCUCCACCCUCUUACACCUCCAGUAUGAGAGCCAAGUACCUGGCCACCAACCGCCCCGACCAGAACCGCCGCUCCGUCCCCAACGACCAGCUGGACCCAGCCAGCCGGCCCCAUGCCACCGCCCGGCCGCAGUCUUCGGUCCACUAAUGAACGAUCAUUACACGCGCACACGCACUGUACAAAAGCUGUAAAUAGUAAUCAUAACUCCAACACUGAUUUAAUAACCAGUGAUGUGCUGUGCUGUGCACUUAUGUUGCUAUAUCUCACACAGACACACACUUGUUUAGGCUACAUCUACAUCUUCAUUACACCUAGGACUUGUCCAUACAGCUCGCUUUUUUUCUGGAAUUCAAGCACUCAGGAGUGUUUUGACCGAGGGGCUGACCACAUGCCAAAAUGAACGAGGGUGCCUGAAAAUGAUGCCGGGAAAUGCUCUCUUUCCAUGUACAGAAGUGGUAACAAUUAAAGCUGCAAUGGGAAGAAGAGGAGGAAGGACUCUGCAGAAAAAUGUUUGCUUGGUGCUAACGUGAGCCGGCGAGGAAAAACAUUGUUUUUUUUAAACUCCCCCCCAAGUAUUUUACCACAAGUGAUACUGUGAUACUGUUUUUUUGUUUUUUUUUGGAGUCCUCAUAAGCACAAUUUUUUUCUUCGAGGCAACUUUUUGAUGGCUAAAUGGGACACUGCCGACGUUCCUCCUAUUACUGUACAGUAUGUAAAGAUGAAUAGUGAACUCGUGUUUGUGUGUGCGUGAUUAGCGCUGCAUUUUGUUUACCUGUUCACAUUUGAAACAUGCAGCCGCUACACACACACACACACACACACACACGUGCGCUUCGGCGUACGUUUGUCAGCGUUUAGACAGGAACAGUAACUUCCACUUCUCAAAUAUUUACGAAGGAAAGGCCGUUUUUAGCCGAUAACAAACGCAUAAAUCGUCACAUAGAUGUGAGAAAAAAAAACCUAACAGGAAAAUAGUGUAAUAUGCAUGCCAGGCCAGUAGGUGGCGGUGUCAUUUUGCAUUGUAAAUGUAGACUUUUGUCGGGGAAGCAUCGUAAGCAUAAACACUGCGACGUCAUUUCUGGUUUAUAGCGUUUAGUUGGGAACGGUAACUUCCAGUAUUCCAAAUGUGCGUUUUUAGGCUGUUGCCAACAAAAAAAGUCUUUUUUUUUUAGCGACUAAAGAUCUCACACACACACACACACACGCUGAGUGUACACCAACUUUUUUGGGGAGCGAUUCACUUAAAAGAACAAAUAAUCCCUGUUGACACAGAUGCCCCAAAAUGUCCAAAACCGCUGUAAUAUGCAUGCCAAACCAGCAGUGAUUGUGUUUUGCAGUUUAAAUGAAAGAAUGUUUUGAGCCAAUAACGACACACACACACACAGCGUACUUUUACAUGACAACAACCUAGCAAAUACUUUUUGGAUGUUUUUUGACAUUUCAUUUGAAAAGACAAAGGAUCGUCACACACAAAAUGAGUGAAAAUGAUGUAAUAUGCAUGCCGUACCAGUAGAUGGCAAUGUCAUUUUUGUGUGAUGAAAGCCAACACACACAUCUGUUGCAAUUAUAAACUUUGGUCGGAGUUGUUCGCGUAAAUGCUGAGAUUAGUGCUUUCGUCAUUCAGAGUUUAUUUGACACUUUUUCAAAUAUUGGCUUUUUUAGACUGUUGCUGUUUAAACAAAAGACCGUUUUUCGCAUAAAGUUCUUGUCUCAACUUCCCGUUACUCCACACUUUUGCAUUGUAAAUCAUACAUCUUGUCGGAGAAGUGCCGUUAACAUAUAGCAUUAGCUAGCUCUGUGUUCCACUUAUGUGCUUUUACAGAUCACAAUUGAUUUGUGUUUAGGCGUCAACCAACAUGCCCAAACCAUCUUGUUUUUAGCCAUAUGGCCAAAAAACGUCCGCCUAUUAGCAUUAGUCGACUUGGAAGUUCGCCAAACAUCCUAGCCUGUACUGCAUUAACACAUUUGAAUUCAUGUAUUUUAACCACCAAUUCUCGUAUUAUCGAAACAAUCUUACAUUUUUAGGCUAACCACGCGACUUAGCCGCGUCGUGCUAUGUUCAACGAGCAUUUGACGCCUUUCAUAAUGUUUUUAAAAUGUCUUUCCACGCUCCUCAUCACUGUUUAUUUGUAUUUAUUUAAUUAAAAAAGCAUUUCACUGUCUUGUAACGUAAUGGACGUUCUAAGAUUAAAAAAAAUAAUACUAGUUAGAUGUUUUUCUACAGUAUUGCUCUUUUCAUUUUUAUCUCCAUAAUUCUACUAAGAAACAAAAAAAGUAUUCAUGAUGUACAUGUCCAAACUGUGGUAAUGAUAUAAUUCAAGCUGGAAAAUAAAUGUUGAAAAAAAAGAAGUGAAAUUAAAGCAACUUUAAUAUGAA